UAGAGCCGCGGAUGUAGACGGGAUUACUUGUUGCUGUUCCAAUCCCAGGAAGCGAAACAUGGAGCGUCUGUCCACACACACACACACACACACACACACACACACACCGAUGUGCUGUCUCCAGCUUCACCUGAACACUUCUGCUAACCCGCUCACCUUGAUGGCGAAGCCCCCCAGGACUUAACCCUAGCUGGACUACAACAUUGCUGAUGUCUUAACGAUCUGUCUGUUGAUGAUGAACCUAGUGACCUGUAACGUUCACACAGGAUUCAAGGGGACAGCAGGGAUAAUCAUUUCUCUGGACUAAGUGAAGACCUCCCUCUUGAAGAAGUGUGAAACAUGCCCUUGCCAUUUGGCUUAAAACUCAAAAGGACUCGAAGGUAUACUGUUUCAAGCAAGAGCUGUCUUGUCACUCGGAUUCAGCUGCUCAAUGGAGAGUUUGUUGAGUUUACACUUUCAGUGGAGAGCACCGGACAGGAAUGUUUGGAGGCAGUUGCUCAGAGACUUGAGUUAAGAGAGAUAACAUACUUCAGCCUGUGGUACUUCAACAAGCAGAACCAGCAGAGAUGGAUUGAUUUGGAGAAGCCGCUGAAAAAGCAGCUGGACAAGUAUGGGCUGGAGCCCACCGUUUACUUUGGAGUCGUGUUUUACAUACCCAGUGUUGCCCAACUGCAACAGGAGAUCACACGAUAUCAGUAUUACCUACAACUGAAGAAAGAUGUUCUGGAGGGCAGGAUCUCGUGCUCACUAGAACAGGCUAUUCGUUUAGCUAGCCUGGCAGUGCAAGCUGACUUUGGAGACUUCAACCGAUAUGACUCCCAGGACUUCCUUCAGAAGUUUGCGCUGUUCCCUAUUGACUGGAUCCAGGAUGAGCGCGUGCUGGAAGAGGCCACUCAGAAAGUGGCUCUUCAUUAUCGGAGCUUCAGGGGUUUAUCAGCCCCAGAGGCAGAGAUGUUGUACAUGCAGGAGGUGGAGAAAAUGGAAGGCUAUGGCCAGGAAGGCUAUCAAGCCAAGGACAGUUCAGGUGCAGAUGUUUCCAUGGGAUCCUGCCUCGAUGGCAUCUUUGUCAAGCAUAAAAAUGGCAGGCCGCUUUCAUUUAGGUGGAGUGAAAUUAACAACAUGACUCACAACAGGUCUUUCUUUGUCCUGGAGCUAGCCAACAGAGAGGAGAGUGUCCAGUUCCAGACCGAAGACAUGGAAACCUCCAAAUAUGUGUGCAGGAUGUGUCUGGCCAGACUCAAGUUUUAUAAGAUUAACAAGAGUAGCCUAGAGGAGUGUGACCCCCUGCCUUCUGAGUGCUCCCAGAAGUCCCUUCUCACUCUAUCCUUUCCUCGCUUUCCAAUGCUCUCUCGUCCCUCUCUGCCUUCUAAUAAGGGCCAAUCCCCGCCUACAGUUGUUAACCCAGUCAGACGGAGAUCCUCUACUAGAAUAUCUCUGCCAAAGCCUCAGGCCUACAUGAUGCCCCCUCCACAAAUGCACUACAAUGGUCAUUUCACAGAGCCUUACUCAUCAUCACAAGACAACCUGUACAUGAACACCCAGAACGGUUAUUACUACCAUUCCCAGACCAGCCUGGACUGCCCUCCUCUGGAAUACAGCAGCGGAGGGCGUUUACGUAAUGGCAGUGUGUACAGCGCCCACAGUACCAGCUCCCUGACCAAUCCACAGCACUACCACCAGCCCUCACCCAUGUCCUCCAACCCCUCCAUUACCAGCGAUAUCACCAGGCCAGACUACAUCCCCUCGCACCGCCACAGCGCUCUCAUCCCGCCUUCCUACCGCGCCACGCCGGAUUAUGAGACAGUGAUGCGUCAGAAGACCCGGGGAGCAGGAGGAGGGAUGCUUUUGUCCCAAGAGCACCGGCAGAGCCACUCCAUGAGGAACCUGAAUAUCGGAAACUCGUACGCCUACCGCAGGCCAGACCCUCUAGUUUACAGCCAGCCAGAGAUCAGAGGGGAGCAUGGCGGAGCAGCCCAACACCAUCACUAUCCUUUCCAUCUGGGCUCCAGCUUUCACAGCCCUAAUCCAUAUCCCUACCCCACAGAGAGGAGGCCCGUAGUGGGGGCCGUUAGUGUCCCGGAGCUCACAAAUGUCCAGUUACAACAGGCACAGGAGUAUCCGGCCCCUAACAUCAUGAGAACACAAGUGUACCGACCACCUCCACCCUACCCAUACGCCUACCCUCGGCCUGCUAACAGCACACCGGACCUGUCGCGUCACCUGUAUGUCAGCAGUAGCAACCCAGACCUGAUCAUCACGAGGCGCGUGCAUCACUCAGUCCAGACCUUCCAAGAGGACAGCCUGCCCGUUGCCCACUCUUUACAAGAAGUGUCGGAGCCUCUUUUCAGCGGACCCCCACAGAGACACCCAUACCAUGCUCAGAAGCGGAACUCCAUCGAGAUUGCUGGAUUGGCGCACAGUCUCGAGGGGAUGAGGGUCAAAGAGCGCACCAUGUCUUCUUCAGCGGCUGAAACUGCCACGCCCCCUCCGGCCCUGCGUGGCGGUCGCUCCAUGGGCUCUCAGCUCAACGUGUUUCUGGAACGUACAAAGACGGAGGACAGGAGUGACAUCAAGGAGGACGUGCAGUACGGACACAAAAAAUCCCUUUCAGACGCCACCAUGCUGGUUCACAGCAGCUGUGAGGAAGAGGAGUUUGAGGAAGACAUGGAACGUCACACUCCACUUUCUCAGGAUUCAAUAGUUCCUGACCAGCCGUCCCAACAGCACCAAAGCUUGACAUCUCUCUCUUCUCUGACGUCUCAGCAGCAGACUCCCAAAGAGCCGCCUCCCGCAUAUCCCAUAGGCUCCUCUCUUGACCCCUCCAUAACCAGCUCCUUGACUUACAAGGUUCACCCCCUGAUCCAGGAGAGUGAGCCUCUGUUCUUGAUGUCAGAUUUACGGCAGCCCAGGAUCAUGCCCUCAGUCUCUGAGGGAGACCUGAGUGGCCAGGCCAAAAAGAAGACUAAAAAAGACUUAAAAAAGAGGCCUGUGUCUGAUGUGCCUCCUGGGAAGAAAACAGUUGAAGGUUUGCCCCCUCCGGGUAUGAAGAAAGGAGCCAGGUCAGAGGUGAAGAAGAUGGGCCCUCUGAAGGUGGCACAUCUCAAUGGCCUGUCAGUUUCCAGGCAGCCAAUGCACGAAACGGUGAAGGAUGAGCCUGAAAGAGCCUCUAAUGACGAGAGGUGUAAAAUCCUGGAGCAGCAUAUGGAGAGGGGGGAGCUGUUAAAAGAGUACGAGAGUAUCCCAAAGCGUCGUCCAGCAGGGGAGUGCACCAUCGCCACGCUGCCAGAGAGCGGAGAUAAAAACCGUUUCCAGGACGUGCUGCCUUAUGACGACACCCGAGUGGAGCUGGUUCCCACUAAAGAGAACAACACAGGAUACAUCAAUGCAUCACAUGUUAGAAUAACAGUAGGUGGACAGGAGUGGAGCUACAUCGCCACACAGGGUCCCAUGUCCAACACUUGUCAAGACUUCUGGCAGAUGGUGUGGGAACAGGGUGUCUCCAUCAUCGCCAUGGUUACUGCCGAAGAGGAGAGCGGCCGAGAAAAGAGCUUCCGGUAUUGGCCCCGACUCGGCUCACGACACAACACGGUGACAUACGGUCGCUUCAAGAUCACAACGCGGUUCCGCACAGAGUCCGGUUGCUACGCCACCACAGGGCUAAAGAUCAAACACCUCCUGACGGGCCAAGAGAGAACUGUCUGGCACCUGCAGUACAUAGACUGGCCUGACCACGGGUGUCCUGAGGACUUAAAAGGCUUCCUGACCUACCUAGAGGAGAUCCAGUCUGUGAGGAGACACACGAACAGCAUCAGUGACCCAAAGAACACCAACCUACCUGUGCUGGUCCACUGCAGUGCUGGAGUUGGGCGGACUGGUGUGGUCAUCCUGUCUGAGAUCAUGAUAGCCUGUCUGGAGCACAAUGAGACGCUGGAUGUCCCAAAAUACCUGUUAAACCUGCGUCGUCAGAGGAUGAUAAUGGUCCAGACCUUGUCUCAGUACACCUUCAUCUACAAGGUCAUCAUCCAGUUCCUCCGCAACUCCAGGCUAAUAUGAGCACAAGUGUCUGUUUCCGGCCCGACUUUGUCCCCGAGCAUACACCGUCGUCACAGGUGAUGGGUCAGAGUUAUCUCCAGAUUUACACCAAUGCACUGUGAUGAUGCAGCUGUACGAGUCCGUUCACUGCAGCGGUCAGUAUUUGUUGGACCCCGUUUGAUCAAGUAUUAAAUCAGGCAAGGAUGAAGGAAUGAUGUGUGGAACUACAAGAAAGAAGCAAUACCACAUGAAGGAGCAUAAAGACUUAUGACCUGCCUCUAAACAGUAUUAUAUAUAUUAUUUUGACAUACAUUAUUGCUUAAUAAAGCCCAGCACUUUUACAGUACUUUGCUGUACAUGAUGAACCAAUGUUAUGCUGCAUUUAAAAAAAAGUUAUUAUAGGUGUGUAUCAAAACAGUUUCAUUUGACAAAGGUCGCUUUUUUUUUAAGAAAAAUGUUUUUGAUUGCUGUUUGGUAACUAUUGGUUCUGAUGAUGAAGGAUGUUUCUGUAGUAAUGAAGAGAGUGGAUAAAGAGUUCAGAUGGAUUCUAAGUUCAUCAUGUGACCUGUGAGGGCAGGGGUUUGUCCCUGCAAUUAACUUUUAUAAGAAUAUACAUUUACAUUAAACAACAGAAUGUUUAUUUAUACUGUUUACCCCAUGAUUUGGCUGUUUUUCUAUGAGCAAUUUUUAUGUUCAAAAAGCCCUAGAACCCACCAAACAUUAUCUACAUCAAAGCACAUGCUUAAAACAAAUACAGUCUAUGUGCAGAAAGAAGGUGGGAGGUAAUCGAUUGGUCUUUGUUAAACACUGGAUUGACGCAAAGUAGAAAAACGUUGCACAGGUUCCAAAAAUAUAUAGUUGAUGAAGGAAAAAAAAAAAGAAUGACGGCAAGUUUUUGAGUAAAACUGGAAUUUUUAUACUCAUGUUUUUCAUCCCUUUUUUUUAUCAUGAAACCAGAGUGCUGUAUUUGAACAAUCUAUAUAUUUAAGAUAUUUUGUCAAGACAAAGUGCCUAUAUAUCUACCUUGUAAAGUUGAAAGGACUGUAUGUAUAAUAUGAAGGAAAUUUAGACACUCAUUCAGUGUCAUUUAAUUCUUGUUUGAUUGCAGUGAUGUGUGUUAAUUUAUGCCAAUUGAUACAUUUGAUAAACAUCCAAUACAAGAAGUACAAGUAUUGCAAACAAAAAUGAUCAUUCUUGAAUCAGGUUUGGGCUCUGAAGUUGUGCGAGUUGGGCCUUUUGUAUCAUUAAGUUCAUAAAAACUAGGAAGUAAGGCAGUUUGACACUAUUGAGAUGUAAUGAACAGUGCUGUGCAGCGUGUUGGCUUUGGUGCACGGUGAAAAGGGACAGAUCAGUACUAGUUUGUGUUCUCCAGUGAGAAGUGUCCACGUGCAGACACCUCCUGCUGUUACAAACCGCUGCAGCUAUAGGGAAUAUUUUACAGCCCGAUUGUGGAGUUCACCUGUACAGAAACAAGACUUAAAGGCACGGCAAAGUUUACAUGAGGUCAUAUAUAUAUUUUUAACAAUGUUAAUUUGGAAUAUGUUGCCUAUAUUAUCAAAUCAAGGCGGCAGCUUAAUUUAUAAUGGCCAAAGUGAAGUGAUUGUUAAUCCCUCGUUGUCUUACCCCGAUGUUUGUGUUGUCGGUGUCACACGUGUGGGCAGUGAUCUGACUUAACAGGAGAACAAUACACCUCCACUGAUCUAUUAAGAUCCGCCCCGUAUGGAUCUGCUUCAGGUUUAGUGUUUUAACAUACUGAUUGAGUCUUAGUGUGGAGACUUAAAAGAGUGCUUUUUUUUUGGCAAGGUGUACCUGUUUUGUACAGGUAUGUUGUUCAUAAUGUACACAAUGUAAAAUGUUUCUUUUAUGAAUAUUUGAUAAUGUACAAACUAUGUAUAAACUUGUAUCUAUUGAACAAAAAAUGAUAUGCCAUUGGGGAAGAAAGCGUGUAGAACAUCUUUU